UGUGGGGGUGUGGGGUGGGUGCGGAUGUCGGCGUGAAGGAAGGAAAAACAUCACCCACACCCACACCCACACCCCACACUCUUGUUUCUGAAAGCUAUACUCUUAAUCCACAAAAAUUACAAAGACGUGCAGCACAUGACCUUGAUAUCUCACGUUCAAGCAUACGACGUAUCAUGAAAGAACUCAAUUUUAAACCGUACAAACCGAGAUUAUUACAGGCCUUAAAUGAAGAUGAUCCUGAUCGACGACUUGAAUUUUCUCAAUGGGUUUUAGAUUCAAUUCGAGGAAAUCCCAUUAUCUUAGAUCGGAUUCUCUGGACCGACGCAGCUAUAUUCCAAACAAAUGUUCGUGUCAAUAGACACAAUUGUGUUUAUUGGAGUGAUACAAAUCCACAUUUUAUUAUCGAACAAGAGCUCAACGUUUCACGAGUAAUUGUAAGGGGAGGAAUAUGGUCAAAUGGAGUUGUUGACCCAUUCUUUUUCGAAGAUAAUGUUACAUCACAAAUCUAUCUUCAAAUGUAUAAAAUGCUAAAGGAUAGAAAGGAGUAUAUGUAA